AUGUACCAGCCGCAGUUAAAGGAGAAGAGGCCUGAACGAAGCCCAACGAACCAUCAGUUAGCUGAAAGGAAUCAAAUUNAGGAUGGAGAUGGACAAGGAGUCAGAACAGACGACAUUAAACUGGCCUUGAAGGGUCAUGUGAAGGAUGGAUAUAAGUUCAAUCCUGCAUCUUCUCUUUCUGAUGGUGAUCAUGGUUACAACUCUUCUCCAUCCAUCAGUGACAGAGUUCAUGUUCUGGUCUGCAUUUAUUCUGCUAAUGCACCACAAAUGAAGUCGUCUGUUUUACAGAAAAUGAGGGAAAUCAGAGAAGCAGCCAGUGAUCUGGGAAUCCCUCAGCUGGCGAUUCUCAGCCACGUUGAUUCAGCUUGUGGGGAAACAGAAAGAGAUCUAAAAAACGUCUACAAGAGCAAACAUUUAAAGAAAAAGAUGGGUGACUUCAGCUCCAGUCUGGGGAUCCCAAUGAACUGCAUCCUCCCAGUGAAGAACUACAGCAAUGAAAUUCAGCUGAAUUCAGACGUCAACACUCUGAUCCUGAAUGCUCUGAGGCUGAUGAUUGACUUUGGAGACGACUACGCCGACAAACUGUGAAGCCACAAAACUGUGGGGAUGUGCAUGAACAUCACAGCAGUAAUGUUGGUUAUGUGUAUCACUACAUAGUUGUUGAGGAGAACAUAGCAGUUGAGUAAGAGGUUUUAUGACCUUCUGAU